AUGGUGGGUAUUCCAGUUCUGGCUCAAAAACUGUCUCAAAUUCAAGCAACUAUCAUAGCCAGGUGCUUGCCAGAUAUAGUGAGAAAUAUUGAUGACAAGCUAAAAGCAAGCAUUUCAGAGCUGAAUAGGAUGCCUAAGACCCUUGCUUCUCCAGCUGAAGCCAUGGCAGCUUUCAUGGGUAUUGUUGGAUCAGCCAAAGAGUCUCUCAGGAAAAUACUUAUCAGAGGAGAGUUUGACGAGUACGUUGAUGAUUAUCAUAUGCAUUGCACUGCUAGAUUGGUAGAAAUGCUCAAUCUUUACUCAGAUGAACUUCAUAAAUGCUCUGAAAGUGACCCUAGGACGAACUUCCUGGUGGAGGAGAUUCGUGUUCUGGAGGAAGCCAAAGGGAUUGAACUGCCAAAUUUCCUUCCUCACACUGCCUUCCUCAGUAUUCUGCAGAGAAAAGUUGAGGGGAUAUCAAGAAUGCCUAUCCAUUUCUUUGAAAAAGUGUGGGCUUACAUUGAAAAAAUAGUUCAAAUGGAGAAGAUGACAGAUUACACUUGCAGUCCUGAAUACAUGAAUGAAUGGAACAAGCUCAUGGGCCAACUGGAUACAUUUAAGAAUAGAAUCCUGACAUAUGGGUAUUCUAAGGCAGAGAUUGCAGGUAUUGGAGAGGUUGACGCUGGGAAUAUCAGAGAACAUCAGAAUGUUCUGCACCAAGCUUUUGACCUGAAGAUGAAAAUGACAGCUUACUGGAAGAUUGUAUUGAGGAGACUGGUUGAUUAUAUGGCUCUGCAAUUGCAGUUCAGCGUUCAAAAUCUUGUGAACAAAGAGAUGGAAAAGGAGAUCGUUAGCGAGUUGAUGAGCAGUCACGGAGGUGCAGUAGAAACAAUGCUGGAGGAAUCGCCCUCAGUUGCUGCUAAACGUGAGAAGCUGAACAUGAGCAUCAAGUUGCUUGGAGAGUCCAAGAAGGUUUUGGGAAAUAUCAUGGACAAGAUUGCUACCUAUAAUGAUUAG